UCCUGAAUCUAUGCCAGGAAGGCAAGGAUACCCUGGAGUUACCACGGUGAGUUCAGGGCCUAGGUCUGGGAUGACCCACAGACCCCCUACUCCGUUGGCACGAGCCGCAAUCGCCGCACGGACUAGGGGACAGGCAAAGGCAGGGGCGAGCCAGGACCCGCAGAGAGAGCCAGAGCCAGAACGCAGAAAGGAGCCUGUGGAGGUAGGGGACGAUGAUGAUGAAGAUGGAGAGGAUGAGAGGCUCCGGCAAGAGGAAGACCGGAGGGCCGAACAAAGGGCAAGGAAGAGGGGUUGCCAGGAAGAAGCCGAACCAGUCUUGCACGAUAGUACGCCAAAAAAGAAGAAAUACGCGGUUCAGCUUGAGGAAGGUUUUGAUGUGGAAAGGGUGAUUGACAGGCUGCUUGAGGGCCAUAAUGAUCUUAUGACCCUGAAGGAGAUUCUGGCGUCCGCCCCAAGGCUCCAUAAUGAGCUAAAGGGUAGGCUUUCGAGACGUCUGGUGCCAAACGUUUAUCUUAGUGUGAUUCUGCCUAAGGAAGUGGAGUGGGCGGACUCGGGAAUGAAAAUGGACUGGAAAUGUGUGGCCUGCGGUAUGGUGGACUUAGUGGUAAAAGGUUCCAAGUGCGCAGCGAUGGUGGAUACGGGAGCAGAGAUGAAUAUUAUCCGCGAAGCUGACACACUCAGGUUUGGGUUGGAAAUAAACCGUUUGGAUUGCGGCAUUUUGCACAGGGCAAACUGUAAGGCCGUGUUCUGCGGGACCGCCUCGAAUGUACUCCUGGACAUCGAAAGAGUAAAAGCCAUAACUUGUUUUUUCGUAAUACCAGACGUGGACCAUGACAUUCUCCUUGGGAUAUCAUUUUUAUGCAGGACCGAGACCCUGAUGUUCAACAAACAUGAUGGGUCGCUGAUCCUGAUUUUAUGUGAUCCAUCGUGUGGGAAUUACGAGGUAAUUACGUGUCGAAACACUGGACCACGGAGUAUAAGGAACAAGCCCAAUCCUGACUCCUUCACUAUUGAGGAGUCAGAAGACGAGCGUCGGAGACUUAUGGCGGAACUAAAGGGAGAAGUGAGGGAAGAAGCGUUCUCACUCAGCUUGUCUGAUGUGAAAAAGGUCAUGGACUUAGUGGUGACGCAUGAAAUGACGGAUUCGGGUGUCAUUCAGGCGACGAGCUUCGACAGGUAUUUGAUGUUGGAGGGUGACGUGGAAGGGAAGAAAAUAAAGGAAGAAGGUCAUGGGGUACGCCUGGAAGCGUUGCAGGCGGAGAUCCAAGACCUUAGGGCAUUAGCCACCAGCCAGACCGCUAUCAUUCAGAGCCUGUUGGAGGAAAGGAAGAAGGAAAGGGCACCCACGAAGGUAGUGGACCAGAAGGAAGGGGCGCAGUACGACGUUCAGGAACAGGUGGCUCAGGGAUCUGAGCAGCCAUCUGAGGCAGGGUCUUCCCAGGGGCCAUCCCUUGGAAAGCUCAUUUUGGGGCCAGAAGAGGCCAAGGCAAAAAGGGAAGCAGAGAAAGAAGCCUUCGUAUUCAAAGCCUCGACGGAGUUUGCUACCUUACCAGUGGAACCUUUGGGGGUCAGGCCGACAUCCUCGCCGCUGCCAGGCGAAGCGGGAUCACAGGGAGCCGCUAGUGAGCCUGCACAAGGUUCAAUGGAGGGACCCAUGGGUGUGCUUCUAGAGGCACUUGACACCAUGCAGGAGGAAGCAAGCACACCUAUGUCGGAGUUGGGUACUGAGAGUGUAAGCGAGGAGCUACCGGUGGUGGUAUCAGGAGAGAUGUGAGAGAGCAGGCAUCAAAGAUUGGAUACGCCUGAGUACGUUCCAGAAGUAUAUUUUUCAUUGAUUGUGCUUGAUACCCCCGCUUUACCGCU